GCGACUAAAACGCCAUAAUUUGUGUUUUUGAGGUUUUCUGGAUUUGUUUGUGUAUAUGUUUAUAAGGUAUGCUGAAAUGUUUAGUUGCGGUUGAAGAUUUGGCAUUGAAUUCAAAACUUUUGAAAGAGAGUUUUGCUGUGGUUGCCAUGGCAACUCAGAGUUUCAUGUCAGACAUGCAGGCUCUGAGUAUUCAGCAAAAUUCUCCUGUCCCACCACCACAACAAUCCCCUCAAACCAGUAUCAGUCAAUCUAAUCAAACUCAGUCAAGUCAGUUUAUAUUUCAGGCUACGCACAGCCAAACUCAGACUUUAGAUGUACGAACACAAACUGUGGUAAGUACAUCCCUUCCAGGAUCUGUCACCCAAGGAAGUCAAACUUCUCAAAAACAACAGCAAACCAUCCAAGGAGUAUCAGUGUCAUCCGCUUUAGCUACUCAAGUUGUUGUUGCCACUCAUUCUCCACCUAUUUCUCAAGGUCAGCAACAAGGAGCUGAGGCUGUUGUUCAAGCAACUCAGUCCUCUGCAGCUUCUCAAUUCAUAGCAGUGACAGUUUCAGAGCAUGAUAAUCAAGAAGGUGGAGUCAAUUUGCAAAAUCAGGCAGUUCAUCCUACUUAUGUUCAAUAUGUUGAUAGUGCAGAGCCAAAUAUUUAUGCUGGAAAUAAUGGCCAAAUGGCUGGCUAUUCUGUGUAUAGUGUGACUGAUGCAUCUGCUAUGUAUACUCCAGCAACAGCUGGGUAUUAUACUGGUGGCAAUGGUACUCCUGUGACAUAUUCUCAGUUGAUAGAUGACAAUAAUUAUAAAGUACAAGGCCAGGUUAUUGAGGCAGCUGAUGCUCAUCAUAACCUAGCUCCUGUUUCAGCUGCUGUUACUUUAACCAAUAGGAUAUCUCCUGUAUCUGAAGACCAGCGGAAAGUUGCAGAAAUCAUAUCUCCUUUCACCAAUGAUCAGUGUGUGAUACAAACUCUUCACAGCCCCCACGAUACUUCUCAAUUGCAGCUAACAUCUCAGCAAAACCAGACUCAAUCCCAGCCAACCCACCAUUCUCAACAUCAAAAUGUGCGUGACAUGGACAUCAUUCAUGUGCAAUGGUUAAUUGACAAUUAUGAAACGGCUGAAGGUGUCAGUCUUCCGAGAAGCACUUUAUAUAAUCAUUAUUUAAGACAUUGUUCUGAGCAUAAGCUAGACCCAGUCAAUGCCGCCUCUUUUGGAAAGUUAAUUCGUUCAGUUUUCCUUGGAUUACGCACUAGGCGACUAGGGACAAGAGGAAAUUCUAAAUACCAUUAUUAUGGCAUUCGAGUAAAACCCAAUUCACCUUUGAACCAAAUAUCUGAAGAAAAUUCAGGGAUACGAUCACAAACCCUAAGUCAAAUCAAAAAUCGCUUUAAAUCAAGUCUGCCUGCAAAAUCCGAAAGUAAUGAUGGUAGCAGCACUUCUAGUACUGGAGGUGUGGCCAGUCAGACAGAAAGUGUUCCAUCUCAACCUGCACCGGUACCAACACAUCAACAUCAACAGUAUUUAGGAGAUGCAUCUGCUGCUAUUCCAAACUUCAUUGAAAUUGACACAUGCAAUUACCCUUUACCUGAUGGAAUUACUUUGGAGCACUUAGAAACAUUCAAGAUGCUUUAUAGAGAGCAUUGCGAAGCCUUUUUAGAUGCUGUUGUUAAUUUGCAGUUUGCUAUGGUUGAAACUCUUUGGCAGACUUUCUGGCGAACUUAUAAUAGAAGGGAUCAGGAGAAAAUAAUGAGUAAAACCAAGUUUUUCCAACUAUGUAAAUUUGAACCUGUUUUGCAUUUCAUGCGUAAAUCUGAUUAUCAGUUCUAUCAAAAUUUAGUAGAUGUACUUAUUCCUGAUGUUUUACGUCCAAUACCUAGUUCAUUAACACAAGCAAUUAGAAAUUUUGCAAAGUGUUUGGAAACAUGGCUUUCAACAGCAAUGACUGCCUGUCCAGAAGAAGUAACUAAAGUUAAAGUCAGUGCAGUAAGUGCCUUUGCUCAGACUCUGAGACGUUACACAUCUCUAAACCAUCUUGCCCAAGCUGCCAGAGCCGUCCUACAAAACUCUUCACAAAUUAAUCAGAUGAUGGCAGAUUUAAACAGAGUAGAUUUUCAUAAUGUUCAGGAACAAGCAUCAUGGGUUUGUCAAUGCGAUGAAAAUACUGUUCAGCGUCUUGAACAAGAUUUUAAAUUGAUUUUGCAGCAACAAAAUUCUCUUGAGCAGUGGGCUCAGUGGCUAGAAGGAGUGGUAGAUUUAGUUUUGCAGCCAUAUGAAGGAAAAAAUGAUUUUCCUAAAGCAGCUCGCCAAUUUCUUUUGAAAUGGUCAUUUUACAGCUCUAUGGUCAUUAGAGACUUAACACUACGAAGUGCUGCCAGUUUUGGUUCUUUUCACUUAAUUCGCCUUUUAUAUGAUGAAUAUAUGUUUUACCUGAUUGAGCAUAGAGUGGCAAAGGCUAUAAAUGAAACACCUAUUGCUGUAAUGGGAGAAUUCAUUGGCUUAGGUGGAAAAGUGAAUUCGCUGAACAAUGAGUUUGUCCUCAGUUCUGUUAAGAACAUGUCUCUUUGUGACUCCAGCAACAAGACCAUUGUAGAAAAUGGUACUCUCAAUGAAUCUAACUGCAGUAUAUCUCAGGAUAUUUACAGCAGCAAUGCUGCCAUGACUAAUGGACUUAAGGAGGCAGCUGCUUUGCAAGCAAGCCUUAUUGGACAACCACAAGUGCGAUUCAUGACCUCUGUUUCUGAGGCAGGAAAUGGUGAAAAUAUCACUCACAUCAAUAAGAAACUGAAAACAGUUUGACGAUGUUUCAUGGAAAUGAUAUUCAAUUUUCUUUCAGACAUCAUUUCUGCAUCAGACCUCUAGGUAAUGUGGAAAUUGUUGACAGCAUCCCAGUACAUCUGUGUAUGAUCACUUUUGUUAAAAAAAGAAAAUGAGCUAUGCAUUUAUUGUUACUUGCAUGGAUGCUACUAUGAAAGAAAGUAUAAAAGCAUACGUUUAAAUAUAUACUAAAGCAUUUCCUUUUUGCUUUACUAAAAAGAAAAGAAAAAAAAUCUUUUUUUUAAUCCGUUUAUCUGCAAUGUAAGGUUUAAGCUGAUCCAAUUUCCAUAAAUUGCUUCCAGCACCAGAAAUUUUUUCCAGAUUUUCUAAGGCAUACUAUUUCUUCUUUCACAGAAUAUCAUCUGAAAAGAAAGAAAAUUAUUGUUAAUUUUUAAAAAGAAAUUUGUGUAUUUUUAAUGUACAGUUAUAAGCAAAAUGCUAGCUAGAGUUGAAAUUAUUGAUAUUUUUCUUACUCGGCUAUUAUCUGUUGUUCAGACUGAAACCUGUGAUUCUCAGAUAUUUAUAUUACACAAGUCAUUAUUUAUUCGUAAAAAAGAAACUUGCCAGAUUUAUUUUUUCUUAUAUUUUGUUUAAAAUUUUAAAAAAGUUUAUGUUCCUAAAAUAUUAUUUAUUGAUUACAGUGUAUUUAAAUUGUUUCUGAUUACAUUUUCAUUUCCAGUAUAACAAAUUUCUUGUUACAUGUUAUUGAGUUUAUCAUAACCAAAAUGUAGAGAUCAUUCAGAAGUACUACUCUAGAAUUUAUGGAUAAAUUACUGAGUUAUUUUGAAUGCUAAAUGUUAAUCUUAAGUAUUGCUAUUAUUAUAGGUGCAUAUAUAUGUGUAUGUACUAUAUAUUAAUUGAUUAAUAGUAUUAUAUUGCACUCAUAAAUAAUAUUUAAAAUGAUCAAAUCCCAAUAAUUAUCAGUGGUUUGAAUUAUGACCAUUAUAUGUUAAAUAUUUAUAGUUGAAAAUUCCCAUCAAUUGAAAUUAGCAUAAUAAUAUAAGCUUAAUUUUAAUGGCAUUAAUUUCUGCUACCUGUGAUAAUUAUAAUUGUCUUUACCUAUUAUUAGAAAUUUAAUUAUGUUCACAUUUAUAAAAUCAAAAUAUCUUUUGCCUUAUCUGUACCCAUUCAUAUUUUCUUAAAAGAGAUAUUCCUACAUUGAUCUUGAUUCACUGAAUGCUAUGUGACUGAUGUAAAUUUAUAUAUUUAGUUAUGAAGCAUAUCGUAGGAAAUAAGUGCUUCAUGUAUAUGACAGUUAGAUUAUAUGCCCAUAUUAAUUUCAUUUUAAAAAUCUAUAAAUUCUAGAGUAUAGCUUGGUGUAAAUGUUAGGUAUUACUGGCUUCACUGUUAUUUUCAUUGUUAAAAUGUGAUAUCAUUUCUUUUUGUUCCAUUUUUUUAUAUACAUUUAUAUACAACUGUCCUCCUUAUUGUCUUCAAUGUAAUUAUUGUUCCUGAUUGAUAGAAUGAAAUGAAACUUAUCUAAGUCAUUAUUUUUCAUUACUUGUAUACAUAUCAUAAAAAGUGCCAUUUCCAUGAAGCAAAGCACUGUUUUUAUUAAUGAUAUAUAUUGAAACAGACUAAAACUCUUCGGUUUCAUUUUGUCUUUUUGAGUAAGCAUUCCAUUGUGAGUUAUAUUUAAUUUUUUUAGUCAGGCAUACCAGAACAUACAAGUUAUAUUGUAUGUCUAUUAUAUGUAUGAAAAUGUAAUUAUUAUGUUAAAAAGAUUUUCUUGUCAUAUUUACUGUUUUAAUGUCAUCGUGGUUGUGUAGCAUUCAUAAAAAAUCUGACAGAAAUGCAUUAUAUCAUACCUGUAAGGAUACGAAAUACUGCAGCAGUGGUAUUAUGAUAUGUAUGUUUUUGUGUUCUAGUAUGUAUAAAAUCAUAUAUACAUAUACACACACUUACAAAUGUAUACAAGUUUAUAUAUUGUAAUGUGCUUUUUCUGGUGUAAUAUUUUUGUUCCAGGAUAUGUUUGUGAUUUACUUGUACAUAAAAAAAAUCACUUAUUGCAUACUGUAAAAGAAUAAUAAUCAGACAUUGCUUCAAUGUCACACAAGUACAAUACUUUCAGAAGAUUUCAAAGUGAAACAUUAUUAUAAUUUUCUAUCCCAUGUCCCUUGUGUAGAUUUUUAAGGCUUUGUAAUGCAUUGUGCAUGAAGUGUACCUUAAAUGACAAACUAUGUGCAUUAGAUAUUAUAUGUACAUAGUUUGAAGCCAUAUAUUCACAUGACUGUGUCAUUACAUAAAUACACAGUCAUGUAGUUAGGUUUCUGGUGUUGAAAAAUUGUACAUGAGAAAUAUCCUGCUCUGUGUAAUUAGAACAGUUGUUUCUGUGACUAUUUCAAGAAAUUCUAAGAAUGUUAAAUUUAUUGUAAACUUUUUGAAUCUACUUCAAAAAUGAUAUUUAAAAUACACUUUAUUAUCUAAAACGUGAGUACAUUAAAUAUCUCUAAAAUCUUUUUCAUGCUUGGUCCCCCCCCCCCCUUCUCUGAGACAAACAUUUCUGUUGUAUAUAAAUAUGGUUUUUCUAAAAAAUAUAAAUUCAAAUAUAAGGUCUUUUUGUGUGAGAAUACCUUUUUUAUUUUGACUUUGUAAAAGUCAAUUUUUUCCCAUUAUUAUAAUGGUUUUUAAUUAUUUUUGAAGUUUGCUUUUCUUCAUUUUUACAUCCUUAUAAUUUUCUAUAUACUUCAUUUUUUUCAGAUAAUUAUUGUAUUUGAAU